GAGUCUGACUUUGUCGACUGCCCAGGAGAUGGGGGAGAAAUUGAUGGCUAUGGGGGCUUGGGAGAGUAGGGGGGACACGAGCAGUAUGUGGGAUAGGACGGCGAGCUGCAUUAGGGAAGCAGCUAGAGAUGUCCUGGGAGUCUCGAGAGGCCGCCAUGGUAGGCGACGAGGGGACUGGUGGUGGAAUGGAGAAGUCCAGGGAAAGGUGGAAGCAAAGAAAGUGGCGUACACGCGGUUGUUAGACAGCAAAGAUGAUGAGGAGAAGCGGAAGAAUAGGAAAAGGUAUAAGAUUGCGAGAAAGGAAGCGAAGUUGGCAGUUUCGGCAGCAAAAACGGCAGCUUUCGAACGUCUAUAUACAGAACUAGAGGACAAAGGCGGGGAUAAGAAAUUGUUCAGGCUAGCCAAGGUGAGAGAGAGAAAGGCACGGGACCUGGAUCGAGUAAAGUGCGUCAAGGGCGAGGAUGGCAAGGUAUUGGUAGAGGAAACUCUCAUUAGACGGAGAUGGCAGUCAUACUUCUAUAAACUCUUGAAUGAUGAAGGUGAUAGAGACAUUGUGUUGGGAGAUUUGGAGUACUCUGAGAGGCGUCACGACUUUGGGUAUUGUAGAAGUAUAAAGGUGGAGGAGGUUAAGGGUGCUGUUCGCAGGAUGCGCAGGGGAAGAGCUACCGGUCCUGACGAGAUCCGUGGAGAGUUUUGAAAGAGUGCGGGCAGGGCAGGUUUGGAGUGGUUGACUGGAUUGUUUAAUGUUAUUUUUAAGAUGUCGAAUAUGCUUGAGGAAUGGAGGUGGAGACCUGCACAUGGUUUUCAUCGACCUAGAAAAGGCUUACGAUAAAGUGCCAAGAGAGGUUCUAUGGAGAUGCUUGGAGGCCAGAGGUGUACCUGUAGC